CAAAACUUCUCGCGUGCGUAAACUGUGGAAACCAGAUUUCGAGCCAAAGAAAUGAUGAUUAAUAUUUGUUAUUAACACGGGCCUACAGUUUACCGACUCGUCUCAUUCAGUUUCCAACGUCCGUAGGACGUGCGUGUGCGGUCGUUCUCGUUUCGAUUUGCGCACUUCCGUAGAUAUAAAUACAGCGUGUGUUUAUUUGAGUUUGGGACUUUCUGAUUUGGCGUAAACAUCGUGUAAGGCGAACAAAAUGAAGUGGGAACUAUCGUACAUCGUGCUGGUACUCGUAUUGUAUGUGGAGUGUAAGUGGAGGCCAGAGUAUUCUGAGGACCAUAAGAGAUGGCACCGGAGGGAGUCCGCCAAUGACGUCUCCACCAGGCGACCGUACCACGUGGCUGACCCUCCAGACCACACCAAGCUGAUCCCUAUGGCCAGAUACGUGCUUCAUAACACCAACUGGGCGUCCAUAGCGACGAUUUCGGUUCUUCCCGCCAUCGAAGGAUUCCCGUUUUCCAAUGUGAAGUCGAUCGUGGACGGCUCCCUGGCCAACUCCACCGGCAUUCCUUAUUUCUACAUGUCGCCUUUGGACUUCACCGCCAAGGAUUUAACGAAAAACAGUCGCGCUACAGUAUUAGUGUCUUUGGAGGAGACCAACUACUGCGAACAGAAGGGAAUGGACCCUGAGGACCCGCGGUGCACCAGGCUCAUGCUGUCAGGGAAAAUGAAGAAGGUCAAAGAGGGCACCCCUGAGUACACGUUCGCGAAAGCCGCUUUGUUCGAAAGGCACCCGGCUAUGGCUAACUUCCCUCCAGACCACAACUGGUUCGUGGCAAAGCUGAAGAUCGCUCAGAUCGCUAUGAUCGACUGGUUCGGAGGCGCCAAGUACAUCCCCGUGAAAGACUAUCUCGCCUACAACUACACCGGCCUAGAGAUGCUUCAACACGCGAAAAACACUCAUAACAGUGACGUCACUACUCUAUAAAUAACAAUAGUUAAAGCUAGUUAAAUGUCGAACAAUAUUUGGCCGCCAUUUUUUAUUAGUAGGAUAGGGAAAAUGUUGAUUUUUAACCGAAAAUAUUUUGGUAGAAAAAGACGUUUUGAAAUUCAAAAAGCUACGAAGAUUCGUAGAUACCAGAUCUGACAGUUUUUGAAGAAAUAGUAUGAAGAAAAUACCGCCUGCAGGUUAUUAUUAAUAUUCACAUGUUUUUUGUUUGUAAAUCUAAUAACACAAGUAGGGUCAAUAUUAUGAUUUGAUAAUGUAACCAGAUUAAAUACUCGUCAAAUGAACUCCAGUGAGAAACUGAAAUAUUGUGAUACAACUUUAAUAAACAUUAUUUUAUUAUAAACAUUAAUGCUACUUAUUUUAUUUAACAACCCAAAGAAAAUAUACAGAUAAUAAAUAGUAGUAUUUACAAUAUAGCACCAUUUUACACAAGAUAAUUAUAGAUAUAGCUAAUAAAAACAAUUAUUAUGAGAAAUGUUCAAUUCACCCAUUCAUCAUCUUAGCUUUAGCCUGCAAGCAAAUGAGAUUGGUUUAUAACAUCUUGCCACUUCAAAUAUUAUUAGUACAAAUAACCAUAAAUUGACAUUUUAUAACUAUUAUGAGCACUUACAACAUCUAGAAUAAUUUUGUCUAUUAUUUACUAAACAAUGGAAGUCAAAAACAAGUUAGUCAAAAUAAAGUCAUUUUAUAAUAAAAGUUAUUGACAAUCGUAAUACCACUACCACAUUAUUUGGAAGUUUAUUAAAAGCAUAAUACUUAAGUUAUAAUAGUCACCCCAUCUCACUCAUCUAACAAAAGCUCUAUCCUGACCUCAAUUUGUCUAACUACUGGAAUGCUUUAACUGAAUGCCUAGACUUGCUACGCAUUAGGGAUUACAGAUCGAUGGAACUGUUUUUAAUAU